AUGUUGGUUCGCAUCACCGAUUUCGGCCUGGCCAAGUGUCUUGAGCAAAUAGGCGACGAGUAUCAUGCGAGCGGUGGUCGGAUGCCAAUUAAGUGGCUUGCAAUCGAAAGCAUAGGAGAUAAGACAUUCUCCAGCAAGUCUGACAUCUGGUCAUAUGCAUCAAAUGAGUCCCUAAUGCAAGUGUCAUAA